UCGAUUGCAACAUUGAUUCGCUUUGGUCACACUGCACUGCUAUUUUGUUCGUCAUUUUUCGAAGUUUUGUUCUGUGUUUUUUAUUUUAAAAUGGCCGAUACAAAGGGCUUUUCCAGCAUCGAGACGCCCGGCUAUGUGGGCUUCGCCAAUUUGCCCAACCAGGUGCAUCGCAAGUCCGUGAAGAAGGGCUUCGAGUUCACUCUGAUGGUGGUGGGCGAAUCCGGCUUGGGCAAAUCCACGCUGGUCAACAGCCUCUUUCUCACCGAUCUCUAUCCCGAACGAAUCAUUCCAGAUGCCAUAGAAAAACAGAAGCAGACUGUGAAACUGGAGGCCUCAACGGUGGAAAUCGAGGAGAGGGGCGUCAAGCUGCGACUUACGGUGGUGGACACACCCGGUUUCGGCGAUGCCAUCGAUAAUUCAAACAGCUUUGGCGCUAUACUUGAGUACAUCGAUGAGCAAUAUGAGCGCUUUCUGCGCGACGAGAGUGGCCUCAACAGACGCAACAUUGUCGACAAUCGCAUUCACUGCUGCUUCUACUUUAUAUCGCCCUUUGGCCAUGGCCUGAAACCCUUGGACGUGGAGUUCAUGAAGAAGCUGCACUCCAAGGUCAACAUUGUGCCGGUUAUUGCCAAGGCCGAUUGCCUAACCAAAAAGGAGAUCCUUCGCCUCAAGUGCCGCAUCAUGCAGGAGAUCGAGAGCCAUGGCAUCAAGAUCUAUCCACUGCCCGACUGUGAUUCCGAUGAGGAUGAGGACUACAAGGAGCAGGUGAAGCAACUGAAGGAAGCUGUGCCUUUCGCCGUCUGCGGCGCCAACACGCUGCUUGAGGUCAAGGGCAAGAAGGUGCGCGGCCGCCUCUAUCCGUGGGGUGUGGUCGAGGUGGAGAACCCCGAUCACUGUGACUUUAUCAAGCUGCGCACGAUGCUUAUUACCCACAUGCAGGACCUGCAGGAGGUGACGCAGGAGGUGCACUACGAGAACUAUCGCAGCGAUCGCCUGGCCAAGGGCAUCAAGGGCAAGGAGAACGGUGUGAAGCAGGAGCGCGACAGCGGCGUACCCUCGCAGGUGCUGGGCGAAAAGGAUCGCAUUUUGCAGGAGAAGGAGGCCGAGCUGCGACGCAUGCAGGAGAUGCUUGCCCAAAUGCAGGCGCGCAUGCAGGCCCAGCAGUGAGGAGUGGGACGGAGGCGGCAAUCGAUAGUUAUAUACACAAAACAAAACAAGAAAAAUCGUAUAUAUAGAUAUAUACACGCAUAUAUACAUAUACAUAUAUAUAUUUUGUACGCAGAUUUUUUAGGUUGCGAUCGCGCUUUAAUUCAACUCUCAAUUUGUGAAAUCGACGGGCGCUAAGUAUUCUCUGUAUUAAUUUCGCAUUCUCCAUAUAUACACACAUUUAUACAUUUACAUAUAUAUAUUCGUAGGAUUUAGAUAUACACACAAACACACUCACAUAACGUAACACCUGCCGCGUAUGCAAAACGUGUCGGCAAUGCAAUUGCUCCAUCAAAACACUCGAACUUCAACGCGAAAGCGAACUCGAACUCGAACUCUCACUUCAUAUCAAUCCUAAAAGCGAAACACACGAUAACUACUGUAUUCCUACUAUUGUAUUUAGACGCGAUUGGCAAUGGAUAAUCCAUUCUUAUUUAGGUUAAGCGAAUCAAAGUCGAUUUAUAUAUAUAUAUACCUAUUACAUUGUAUGUUGAUUCCUUUCUUUGUCUUUUGUCUGUUUACCGUCACUGUAUUUAGGUUACUUUUAACUCGAUAUGUAUUUUAUGAUCCCGAUGCGAUCCCAUCCAAAUCCGGAUCCGAAAUUUUGACACAACUCCUAAUGCACACGCUGCAAAGUUUCGGAUUAUCGGAAUUGGUAAAUGGAGAAACGGAUGGAACAAAGCAAACAAAAGCAAACCCAAAAUGUGAAAUCUCUUUUUUUAUUAUGUAUAUGAAACAUUUUUUAUCCCCAAUAUAAUCCUCAAUGAGUACAUAUAUAACUUUAUAUGUAUAUGCUUUUUAUACAUUUUGUAAAAAAACCAAAAAAAGAAA